AUGACCACUGAAGGAGCCCCCGUGCAGAGCAAUGCAGCUUCAGACCAGGACACUGCCCAGCUAGUCAAAGAACACUCGCAAGCAUUCCAGAACAGAUUAAACACCAUUCAAACGGAUAGCGAGCCUGAUAUUGAAACAACAAAGUCCGAUAUAGACAAUGACCAGCUUAAGGCAGAGUCAGGGCUUCAAACACCCAAGCCUGCUCCAGGCACCGAGCCGCCUGUGACAGAGUCAGGUGGAUCUCCUCUCGGUAGUAUCCCCAUUGCUCGUGAGUCGCAGAUUCCAGUAGGACCGAGGGAUGAAACAGUGGCAGGCGAGAAGCGUGACAUUGAUUCAACUGUGACGCCCACUCUGGCCCUGGCUGGGGACGAGGAGCAACGAAAGCCCGAACCGUCGGAUGAGCCUGAUACCAAGAAGCUGAAGACAGACGACAAGUCUGCCCCAGAUUCCAAUGGCACCGCUGGUACUCCCUCCCACACAGACAACGGAGGCCAGAAGAAGGAUAGUCGAACCAAGAAGGAGAAGAUCAAGGAUGCCGUGAAGAGGGUUACUCCGGGAGAUGGAAUUGGUAGUCGGACUCGCAGCCGGACCAAGGCCGCUUGA